CUCUAUAAAGUCUUAGCAUCAAUCCCUGCCACAAUUCAACACAGACUCUCUUUCAUUCUGUUUAUCUCUUUUACUUUGCUUUUUUGCCUUCUCCUACAUAAAGCAAAUAUGAGCAAGAUCACAGCCAUGUUCUUCCUGGCUAUGUUCCUCUGCUGCAUACUCACUCACUCCGCAAGUCCUGAACCAGCUUUUCACAAGGAAUCUUUGAUAGUAACUCAGCAUCAGGAUGCUGAGGCAGUUGAUGAAAGCUGUGAAGGCAUUAGAGAAGAGGAAUGCUUGAUGAGGAGGACACUUGCCGCACACAUAGAUUAUAUUUAUACGCAGAAGCAUAACCCUUGAACGUACCUUUUGAUCAGUUGUUUAGUAUUGUAUGUUAGGUGGUAGUAGCUUCUUUAUUUGGCCAUGGCCUAUGAUUUUUCCUUUUUUCUUGUUGCCUACAUGUAGC